CUGACAACCUCCUCGUCCUCUGUUGAACCUCAGGCACUCUUUCUCUGACUCGUUUAAGCAAGCUACUUGAAUCUUCCUCGUGACAACCAGCAACUGCACAACAUGCUCCUUCGUCGUUUCUCUCGCAAGGCCGCUUGCCGGAUGUUCUCCUCAUCCGCAACACAGGCAGGAUCGGAAGGCAACCGAGCCAUGAGUGCUUCGGCUGCCGCGCAGGCGUCGCAUAUGGCAGCCAAACCCAUUGAUAUCACUGCUCAGCCGGUUCUUACCAUGAAGAACCUCGGAGAGGACGUCCCCAUCCCGUCGGUCAAGUCCUUCAACCCUCCCAUCCGCCUUCUCUGCGGACCCGGGCCUGGCAAUGCGCAUCCUCGAGUGUACUCUGCGAUGAGCUUGCCACAGGUGGGUCACCUCGACCCAUACUUCCUUGAGAUGAUGGAGGACAUCAAAUCUCUUCUUCGUUACUCCUUCCAGACCAACAACAGCUUCACCAUCCCUGUGUCUGGCACAGGCUCUGCUGCCAUGGAAGCUUGCGUCGCCAAUAUGAUUGAGCCUGGAGAUGUCUUUCUUAUCGGCUGCAAUGGCUACUUCGGCAAGCGCCUCGUCGACAUGGGCAAGAGAUACGGCGCCGUUCCUGUUACCAUGGAUCGCCCUUGGGGCCAGGUGUUCACCUAUGAGGAGAUCAAGGAGGCGAUCGAGAAGCACAAGCCUAAGGUUCUCGCUCUUGUGCAUGCUGAGACCUCCACUGGAGCCUGUCAGCCAUUCGACGGUGUCGGCGAGCUAUGCCGCAAGCAUGGUGUUCUCCUCAUUGCGGACUGCGUUACAUCCAUCUCUGGAGUUCCCCUCUACCUCGACAAGUGGGGGGUCGAUGCUGCGUACGCUGGAACUCAGAAGGCUCUGAGCUGCCCUCCUGGAGUCGCUCCCCUCAGCUUCAGCGACAGGGCGAUGGACAAGCUGAUGAACAGGAAGACUGAUGUUGCCAACUGGUACCUGGAUAUGAGAAUGGUCGCCUCCUACAUCGGAAGCAACACCGGAGGAGCUCGUUCCUACCACCACACUGCUCCCAUCUCCAUGUGCUACGCUCUUCGCGAGGCCCUCGAGAUUGUCCGCGAGGAAGGGUUGGAGAACAGGUGGAAGAAGCACAGGGACGCUGCUGAGAUGUUCUGGAGCGGACUGCAGGAGAUGGGAUUGGAGCCGCUGGUUGCCUACGAGCAUCGCCUCCCUACACUCACUACCAUCAAGGUGCCUCAGGGCAUCGACCCGAAGCAGGUCACCAACUUCGUCCUUCACAAGUACGGUAUCGAGAUCGGCAAUGGACUCGGAGAGCUCUCUGGCAAGGUGUGGCGUGUAGGCUUGAUGGGAGUGAACGCUACUCCCCUCAUUGCCAUGACUGUUCUAUCUGCCAUGAAGGAUGCGCUGAGACAGCAAGGAUACAAGUGCUGAUCGGAUUACCUUAUUCAUUGUUCUCUGAUAGACACCUUCUCGUUCUGUUUCCUGUACUGUAAUCUCACUCAUCAUCGUUUGAAUAAAAUUUGAUUGCUAUCA